GUUAAGUAGCUCAAUGCAUUGUUGAUAUAUCAUGUAGGUACAAUGUACGCUAUACGCAGGGAACUCCAGGGCUCAAAAGCGGGUACGCAAGGUAAGUACCGGUACCCAGUACUUUGGAUCCCUUUUUGUUCUCUGCCGAGGCACGAGUAAUUGGUUCCAUUCUGACGUUGGCUCGGCUUUCUAUUACCGACUCUGCUUGCUUCUUUUCGAUAAAGCUAAUUCCCUCGUGCGACUAAUAACUGCUUGCCUUUUUUAUUAUUUGUUGUAUAUCCAUCUCUAUUCUCUAUAUCGGACUUCCGCCGCUGCGUCGAGCGUGUAACUUGGGCGCAAAGACGUCGUCGACAUUUUAGAUCUGGGCUUGUAUCGUGUAGGUAAUUCUGCCGAGUGCGUGAAUUUGCGCAAACAGGACAAUUUAAUAAAACACCCCCCCGGACUUAUUCGAGAGGUAAACCGAAUAUAGUCCCCAAGAUAAGCUGGUAGACGGGAUAAAGCGAAAGUGAAUCAAGCGCUGCUGCCACCAUGUCGUCGAACGACGGGAAGCACACCGGCAUCAACGAGAAGCUGCACUCGUCGCUCCCGGCCCAAGUCGCCGACCACCUGCCGCACAUCCCCGAGACUAAACAAGAGCUCAAGACGGAGCUGAAAGCCGACGCGCAAGCCGCCGCGUCCAGCUUCUCGUCGCAGCUGCGGUCCUUUGCUGCCGGCGGUUUCGGCGGUGUAUGCGCCGUCGUCGUUGGCCAUCCGUUCGAUUUGGUUAAGGUGCGCUUGCAGACUGCGGAUAAGGGCGUGUAUUCCUCGGCCAUUGAUGUCGUAAGGAAGAGUGUUGCUAGGGAUGGGUUGAGAAGGGGGUUGUAUGCCGGUGUGAGUGCGCCGUUGGUCGGUGUUACGCCUAUGUUCGCCGUAUCCUUCUGGGGUUACGACCUCGGCAAGCAAAUCGUAACAUCCUUCUCUCCCCCAUCCCCCACCGGCUCCCUAUCCAUCGGCCAGAUCAGCGCCGCGGGCUUCUUCUCCGCCAUUCCAAUGACCGCCAUCACGGCGCCUUUCGAGCGCGUCAAGGUCAUCCUGCAAGUCCAGGGCCAGCGCUUGAAACCCGGCGAAGAGCCCAAGUAUAAAGGCGGUUUGGACGUCGUGCGACAGCUGUACCGCGAAGGCGGCGUGCGCUCCGUCUUCCGCGGCAGCGCGGCCACGCUUGCUCGCGACGGCCCUGGGUCUGCUGCGUACUUCGCCGCAUACGAGUAUAUCAAGCGUCGUCUGACGCCGCGCGAUCCGGCGACUGGAAAACCCAGCGGCGAGUUGAGUUUGAUGGCUAUCACGGCGGCGGGAGGCGCGGCGGGCGUGGCCAUGUGGAUCCCUGUGUUCCCCGUUGAUACUGUCAAGAGCCGGCUGCAGACUGCCGAAGGCAACGUGAGUAUCGGCGGUGUUAUUAGGGAGCUGUACGGCAAAGGCGGUGUGAAGGCGUUCUUCCCGGGUUUUGGGCCGGCGCUCGCGAGGGCGGUGCCGGCUAAUGCGGCGACGUUUUUGGGCGUCGAGUUGGCGCAUCAAGCUAUGCGAAAGGCCUUUGGUUGAGAGGAAUGACAGGUCUUUUUUAUGAUGCAAGGACUCUCUACCUUCGUCGUGGAAGGGUAGUUGAAGGGGAUGGGAUGGGAUGGAUGUCUCAUGGUAUAGUCUAAUUCACGAAGGUGAGCUAGGAGGAGCCAUUGAACCAUAGGGACGAGAAGAAAGUCUUUCGCCGUAGCUCUUGGCAACAGCAGGAGCAUAGCCGAGACGGUUUAGAUGGGAUCUUGUCCUAGAGAAGGGAAGUUAUCCACGUACGAGCAUUAGGAGUAUGGAACCGAACUGCAUAUCUAAGGCGUUUUUGUAUUGGGGGGGGUGGUGGAUCGUCAAUGGAUUUGGUAUUGUCUAGGUCAUGUUAACCUAGACAUGUCGCCCCUAUGGCUAGAAAUAAGAUUUUUCGAAUUUAAGGCGAUGCUAUACCUUAGGUAGUUCUACAUAUAUAUAAAUAUUGCAAAGGGGUCUCGAGUGUGGUGAGCUUACACCUUAUGUAUGCAAGUUACAGCCUCACUUGUUUUGUUGCCGGCUACCCGCAUGGCGUGUUAAACGCCAACCCCGCUCUAUGA